ACGAUGGAUGCAAUACCAUGCCUUCUGCUCGUCCUCCUGUUCUGGACAAGGAUACAAGAUAAUACCGCCCUCCAGUGUUACUGUGACCGCUGCAGUGCCAACUCCAGCUGCACGACUGAUGGCGUCUGUUUCGUCGCCAUACGCAAGUCAGGCAGCCGGUUGACCACAGAACAGCGCCAGUGUGUACACGAAAACGAACUGAUCCCGCGAGACCGGCCCUUCAUCUGUGCCCCGUCUGUCAAACAUGACACCGGCAUUUACCCGAUGUGCUGUACCACGGACAACUGCAACAAAGAGCCAGACCUUGAAAUCUUCCCAGUCCCCACGGUAAAGACUCCUCCUCUCGGCCCUGUUGCUCUCGCAGCGGUGAUUGCCUGCCCGGUGUGUGUGCUCUGCCUGCUGCUGGUAUUGGCAUUCUAUGUUUGCCACAGCCACAGGGGUCUGGGGGCCGGGGGUGCCGGGGCACAUCAUCACCACCACCAUCGGGUGCCCAACGAAGAGGACCCCUCCAUGGACCACCCUUUCAUCACUGUUGGAACAACGCUGAAGGACCUCAUCUACGACAUGACCACCUCGGGCUCCGGAUCAGGCCUGCCACUGCUGGUCCAGAGGACCAUUGCCAGGACCAUCAUCCUCCAAGAGAGCAUCGGAAAGGGGCGUUUUGGGGAGGUGUGGCGGGGCAAAUGGCGUGGUGAGGAGGUGGCCGUGAAGAUCUUCUCCUCCCGCGAGGAGCGCUCCUGGUUCCGCGAGGCUGAGAUCUACCAGACUGUGAUGCUGAGACACGAGAACAUUCUGGGCUUCAUCGCUGCUGACAACAAAGAUAACGGGACGUGGACUCAGCUGUGGCUCGUGUCUGAUUACCACGAACACGGCUCCCUGUUUGACUAUCUGAACCGCUACACUGUCACUGUGGAGGGCAUGAUCAAACUGUCCCUGUCCACAGCCAGCGGCCUCGCCCACCUCCACAUGGAGAUAGUCGGCACGCAAGGAAAGCCAGCUAUUGCCCACAGAGACCUGAAGUCAAAGAACAUUCUGGUGAAGAAGAACGGGACCUGCUGCAUCGCUGACCUGGGUUUAGCUGUCCGCCACGACUCGGCCACCGACACCAUCGACAUUGCUCCAAACCACAGAGUGGGAACCAAAAGGUAUAUGGCGCCAGAGGUCUUGGAUGACUCCAUAAACAUGAAACACUUUGAGUCUUUCAAGCGAGCUGACAUCUAUGCCAUGGGCCUGGUCUUCUGGGAGAUUGCCAGCCGCUGCUCAAUGGGAGGCAUCCAUGAGGACUACCAGCUGCCCUACUAUGACCUGGUUCAGUCAGAUCCAUCGGUGGAGGAGAUGAGGAAGGUGGUUUGUGAGCAGAAACUUCGGCCUAACAUUCCCAACCGCUGGCAGAGCUGCGAGGCCUUGCGGGUGAUGGCGAAGAUAAUGAGGGAGUGUUGGUAUGCCAACAGUGCCGCCCGGCUCACCGCUCUGCGAAUCAAGAAAACUCUGUCUCAGCUCAGCCAACAGGAGGGAAUCAAGAUGUAGACACAACUACCAAACACACAUGCACACACCUCUGACUGGCAUCCAUAUCGUUAGCAUUACAGCAUUAUUAUCUUCAUUAUUAUUCACUGAUUGUUCCUCCCCUUUGGUUUGAAGGGAAGUGAAGACUUUUUUUUUCACCUCAUGCUCUGUUUCUUUUUCAUUCAUUUACAAACUAAUGAGUCCUGCAGCUGAAACUGAGGAACCACGUGUGUAUGUGUGUGUCGCACUGGGCUAACAUACACACGUGGAUGGAUGGAUCAAAUGAGGGAACAGAGGUGUCAAAGGAAGCCUCCGCUCAUUAUCCUCCUUCCUUUACUACAUCCAUCACAUGAAGCCUCUUAAAGACCCAUUGGGGCAUCUGGUGUCCAUCUGAAGUCCCACCUGCACCGCUCAUCACACCGCCAACCAAUAAGAGCUCAGACCCCAUCAGGUAAACAAAAGGCCAGGCAGGGAAUCACCUGGGGGGCCUCUGAGCUGCUGAAGCUUCGUUCUCAUCUUCAUCAUCACCCCCUCGUGUGUACAUCUGUAUUUCAUUCUUUACUUCAGAGAAUUAAGCUACUCUUCAGUAGGGCUGCAAGUUGCUAAUUUAUAACUUCGAUGUGAGAUUAUUCAAAUUUCCUCCAAAUUUUAAACACAAAAUGUGUCGAAAAACCAAAAUGGAACAUUUACAAUGAUUCAACAUAUUUCUGGCUAAACAUUGCAGGAGUUUAGAUACCGGCUUACAGUGAGGGAUGUACUGGGAGGCAUCGCUGGUCCUUCGUGGAACAAAAAGAAACUCAUAACUUAUCCCAUCUAACAUUACAUACAGUACAUGAAGCAAAGAAAUGCAUAGAGGAAAAACAUAAUUGCGAAAAUUUGAUCACUGCUGAAUAUUUGAUGUUUAAAUUUCAUUAACACUUAAUUUGUAGCACUUGAAUGUUUGAAUUCUCUAUCUGAACUAAUGUGUGUAAUUGAUGUAUCUGAAUUUUCCUCAAGAACCAAGGAUAAACAGCCAAGCCUGAAUGAAAUCCAUUGGACCUCUGUUCUAUCAGGUUCAGCGUUUACAGAUUUGAUUGACACCAGGCAGUAGUCCAGUCAGAGCGUCAAUGAAUCGUAAUGGCAGGAGGGAAGGGCCUGAUACUUUAGAAUACAGCCUAACUUUUAAUGAAGGAAAAACGGUAGAAAAGGGUGUCUGAAAAGACAUGCUGCGUGUGGAGAGUGCAGCGCAGUUUAAUUAGAUGUCAGAGAAUGGAUGAUUAACCUGUUUUCAGAUUUUAACCCAAAGAAAUGACAAACAGGUGUUUUUCUUUGGAAAAUAUUUUCCAUUUUGUUAAUGUGAAAGCAGUGAUUGAUUUCUUGGUGUGCUGCUCCAAAAGGCAGCAGCAGAAUGAGCAGACAGUCACUGGCUGUAAGGGCUACUUGACACAAUUUCUGCUAAUGUCCCAGCUUACAGUGACUCAGCAGUGAUCAGUAGUAGUGACGGUCUCUAACGUUAUCCAAAUCCACUCGUACACAUAGAUCAUCCACGCCCCACACCCAAACACGUUAUUUUCUUCACUUUUACUCUGCCUCUACCACUCCCUGGAGGCUAAAUUGACUUUUAAACUGUCAUGUCAGCGUGACCUUUCCAGGUGAUUUCUUUAUUGUGUGUUGUUUUAAUACAUGAGUGUUUCCUUAAAUGAUUUAAUUUAAUGAUUAGAGAGGCUGCUUUCAGUCAUUUUAAAUGUUUCCAUGUGUGCAUUAAUUUCACUGCAGCAAAUAUCGUGGGACAUUUAAGCAGCAAAACUAAUCACUAAAAACUGAGGAAACUCUCCAGAGGAAACAGAAUUCAGGAUUAAUUCCACACAGCUUCAUUAUAUGAACCUGAACUGUGUGUGUAACCUCUGGGAUGUGUAGAAGAACACAGAACAUUGAUUAACACAAGGUCUUGACCAAUCCAGUAGGCACGUUGGGAGACUUAAGUAAUCAAUGAAGUUACACUGCUGUGCACCCACCCACAACCCAUCCACUGCUAAUCAGAAUGCUAAUUUACAUGACCCGGCCCACUCGAGCCACAGUGGGCUGUAUCCACGGUGCCUGCAGACAUAACUGUGAUCCACACAAAUCACUUAUCAGUAGUAUUCAGCAGAGUAAAGAUUCAACCACGAAAGCAGUUUUGAUGUGAAGUUGUUUGCAGCCCUACUCUUGAGUCAUGUUACAGUAGCAUUGAGAACUGAAGCACGGACCUGAGGCCUUUGAGAUAGUCUGUCAGCCACCAUGUAGGGGCCAGACAAACAAUGGCUUCAUCUGUUCUUCAUCUAGUCGAGUUGUAAGCAGAAUCUCUCAUCUCUGCAACAGUUUUGCACCUGUUUUUUCAUUUGUUGCUGUUGUAUUUCCUCGUCUCCCUCUGUAUUGGCAGGGAGUCGGACAGGUCAGUUUAAUUUAUUGUUGUUUUUUGAAUUUUCUUUCUGGUGGCAGGGGAUCUCUUUUUCAAAACUAAACUGGACAUGAUGACCUCAUUCAUUUUUGGCGAACAUGCUGCAACAUAUGCAAUAUACAGUAGAUAAAUGUGUCUAUUUUCUAUACUCUGCUCUGCUAAACCACUUGCUGUUAAACCACAAACGGCAAGAACAACAACACCAACAAUCAGCUGCCACCAUGCCUUCCAAGCCAGCUGUUACCGGAAAGUGCCAGUGCUUUAAAAACCCAACUCCUCUCAUGUCGGCUGCUGUGGAGUGUGUUUGAUCUUGUGUGUAUGCAGCUCUGUGUGUGUGUGUGUGUGUGUGUGUGUGUGUGUGUGUGUGUGUGCCUCAGAGAAGGCCUGUGGGAGCCAUGCCGAGCAUACAGCAAGCUCGUACUAUGCACACCCAAGAAGUAGGGAUGGAAAGCAAGAAGGGCACACACCGCACGUCACAACACCCACAAGCCAGCCGACUCUCUGGUGCCAUUUCAUCAACCCCCCCCCCCCCACACACACACACACACACACACACACACACACAGACACACCUGAACACCCGACCACCUCAGCAACAACUCAUUAUAGAGCUUCUCCACCGAUGGACAGAGUCUGGAAACCCAGCUCCAGCACCUCAAACUGUGUUUGGUUGGAAAAACGAUGCCACAAAAGCUCACGCAGCUUUCGAAAAGAGACGCAAAGACUUGUAAGCAUUACUGAUGUUGCCCUAUAAAUGUAAACUCUUGGAUUUCUGAUUUCCGUUCUUCUCUCGUGUUUGCGCCGUUGACAGCGCAGCAGCGCGAAUCAACCUUUCAAGCAUUCUCUUCUUUGUAGGAUAAUCAACAAAAAUGAGGUACAUUCAUUUAAAUAUAGCAAACGGAUAUUUACUAAGCCAUAGGUUUUCCAGGUUGUGCAUCAUUUUUUUUUCUUUUUUGUGGCAAGAUCUUUUUCUACUAGAAUGUAAAUUUACGAAAAACAAAAGAUGAAAAAAAUGUGUGUAUAAAGGAUAAUUUUGUCAUUUCAGCUUAGCAAGCCUUAAGGGACCAACACAUAAGAGUCAGGAUCUACUCUUUUUUUUUUUUUUGUUUAUUUCUGUUUUGAAAAAAUAUAUAUAUCAUUGAUUAUUAUGAUAAAGUUAGUGUCAUUAUUUUAUCAAAAGGACAAAAAAAUAUAUGUAGCACCUGAUUUGUUUGUUUCAGUCAAGUGUUUGUCCUGUUGCCAAAAUUGCCAUACAUCUAAACCCAUUUGAUCUCAUCUUUACAGAUUUGCUUGUGUCUAAGUUCUAUCAGAAGAACUUGUCUUCUAGUACACAGAUCAAAAAUAAGUCCCAUAAUUAGGUACAGUUAAAAUGCACAACGUCUCCACAGACUGUCAGUAAUUAAUACAGCCAGUAAAUUACAUCUGCCAGACAGUGAUUUGCUCAAAGAAAUCCUACAGAGUCUCUUGAUUGUUCAGCAAUAAGUGCACUUCUGAACCACUGCGGGGUUUACCUGUGUGGCAAUUUGGAUGUCGGCGAGUCCGUCUGUCUCAUUGCUUGUCGUUAUGGAUACAUACAUAAUGUAUUGAUGUGCUGCUACUUAGUUGUCCACCUCGCUUUCUGAGUUGAGGUGAGAGCUGCCGUUGGAUGUAAAUAUCCUCAGAUUGUCUGAAUCUGAUCUUUCUGUGCCAUGUUGCUUUGACGCGAAUCCAGCCCAUCAUCAUUUGGUAGGCAGUCCUCUCAAAGAUUUGCCGAAGUUGUCAGCCACCAUCCAUGGCAGUGCAGAAAUCCCCCCCCCCCCACCCACCCACUGCAGCAGCAGCUCAUUUCACUGAUGAGUUUUUCCCCAAAUUGCUACAGUGUUCAGUUCGAAUGAAAAGCUGCAGCCUCCAUGGACACAGGUUGAAAACCUCGGUACCAAUCUAACGAUGGGCGUCAGAGUAGCUCGUUCUCUCUACUUUGGUGCCCACACUGAGAACACAGUUGGAAAUGCAUCAAGACACAUUUGUCUCUAUUAGAAGCCCAAGUGUAGAGGGAGCAGGAGAGCAAAUACAUCUAGUUAUUUUUUAAGAAGUGAUUUGUUAAGUACAAAAAGAAGUGUUCUGUAUAAGAUACAAACCCUGUUGAUGCCCUUACAGCAACUGAUAAUGUAAUAACAGAUGGGUAAUGUCAGAAUUUGCCGAAAUACACAAACUGCAAACCGUUUUGGCGUUUCAUCCCCGGACAAAGUGAUGGCAGUUCUGAUGCACCUCUUCUUCGUUAAUGACAGCUUGUCAGAACCCAUUACUUUCUGGGUUUCUGGCAGUCCAUCUAAAAUGAUAUCUCAACAUAUGUUUUUUCUUCGGUAGAUUUUAGAUUUUAAACCAAUCACAGCAACAUUUAAAUAAAACAAAACCACUCCAGAUCAAACUCAAACAAACAAACUAAAUCAGUUUAGCCUCGCAGUUCAUUCUUCACCUCAGAAACAGCCAAACGGUCUCCAGCCGAGGUCCACUCGCUCACCUGCUCCAGAGAUGGAUGAAGUUCAGUCAGCCAGCUCAUGUGGAACGGAGCAUUAUGUGAACGUAGGAUACGUUGGUUAUGUUACAGUUUUGGUGUUUGGUGUCUAGACUUUGACCUCGCCACUCCCCACGAGGAAACGGCGAGCUCAGCACAGCACAGAGUGGGAAGUAAAGAUGACACUGAUGGCAAGUCCCUAAAAGUGCUUUGAGUAAUGUGAAGUUUGAACAUCUAGCAGCCACAGUUACAUCAACUGCUGAUGAAGACUGUGUGUUGUGGUCAAAUGCUCCAGAACAAAUGAGUAAGUGGACCUUGAGUGGAGAUAUAGAUUAUUAACUGUGAAGACAAACUUGCCAUUAUUAAAAGCUUUCUUUUUGGACAGCCGGAGCGAGAGGUGUGACAGGCAGCAGCAGGCCUGGCCGCCACAUAGUCAAAGCUUUUUGACCAGUUAAUUGCUGCUGUCUUGGUAAAUGUUGUUAUACGUUCAAGACAAACUCUGUUUGUAGUCCGCUGAAGUAAAAGAAUAUUUCACCAGUCCUAUAAACUAUAGAAAACAUUUCGAACAACGUGUGAUCUUAAUUUUCAUGAAAAUUACAUGAUCAGUUGCUACAGGCUUCAUUCAGUGAGUCCCUUGUUGCCCUUUGUUGUGAAACAAAAAACAAAGUUUGACAAAAAGCAGACAAGGUGUGAUGUACCCGCCCUUCCCGUUCUACCGUUCAGUCGUUCUUGUGAAUGAAGUAUUCUUAAACAUGUGGAAUUGGUCAGCACAGAUACUUCUUGUAAAUAUCUCGUGGAGUAAACAAAAGAAGAACGCUUUCCUGAUGUUCGAAGAAAGCAAAGUGGAUAUCGCUGCUAUGUUGAAUACAAAAAAGGGUGACAGAUUAUGCUGAAUGAAAUGUUACGUGUGGACAAAAGUGGACUAAGUAGUUGGGGAAAACCGGGGCUUACCAGGGAAGACCAGGGCCAAGGGUCCAUCUUUUUAAGCUGUGUUGGUUUUGGGGGGCAGGGGAUUUGUGGUAGUGUGGCAAACUAAAUUUCUAAAUCUCGAAGUAUCCCUUUAAGCGAGCCCUGGCUAGCCCUGCUGGGCCUGUGGGUGGGAUUGAGACUGAAUAAUAUGUGUAUUCCAUUAGCAAAGUCAUUCUCUGGGACAUUACCAACAACAAAAGCUCAACUCAACAGCACCUCCGGUAUGCCUCUACAAGGACAACCUUCAUUCUGUCUUAAAGUCACCAGCAGCCUUGUAUUUUUUUCUUUUCUAAACCCAAGAUGACUUAACUGUAAAAAGACGUUUGCACCCAGCUGUUUCUCUCUUGUGGUCUUUAUACAGCAAUCGUUCUGUCCUUGAUUCUAUCUUGCCUUUCUCUCUCUUGUCAUUCCAUGUUCUCUAAUUGACUUAACAGAUAUCUCCAAGCUACAAGGGCCACACUUCACUGCAGCUGGUUCCCCGGCUCCACAGCUCCAUGCCGGGUGGAACCGACUGCCUACUUUAUCUCUCUAGACUCAGAUCUUGAGGCUGGGGUAUGUUUGAAACAAACCUAGUUUGUAGAACGCAGUGAAUCGUACAGAUGUGGAUAACGGCUCACGCUUUCGCAGAGUCUCUCCUCAAAGGCCCUCCCUCCACACCUUUAAUGUGGAAGUUAGGGGUGCGACAACUGAAAUUGUAUGUUUGAAACCACCAGUCUUACAAUGCUAAUAAACACCAUGACUGUCUUUGAGGCGAGACUGUCCAGAAGUAUGCCAGUGUUUCCACAGCUAAACGGUUGUCUCGUGUUGCCUGUCUGUCUGAGGGAAGGCUCUAAUCGUGGCUAUAUUUAGCAGCUUUUGCCUCAGACGGGGCUGGAUAACAUGUUAUUCAAACUAGUUUGUUUGGAACAUAUGUUGACCUUGGGGUUAAACAGGGGGCUGUACUGUAGGCUGUCCUUACCUUUGUCUGAAAGAACUGGGACUGAACCUGUAAAUUCAUUUGUGGGUUCUUUGGGUUUGCUAAACAGUUUUUCCUUUGGUAACUCAAUCACGAUCUCGGCCAUUGCCCAUUUUAAAAAUGUAGAAAGAAAAUGUGUUUCCUCUUUGAGAAUCGUACCUUGCCUUCUCUGUCCUCAGCUCAGAUUAAUGGGGGGAGGAGGUCUCUGUACACUGUUGACAUGCAGUCACCAUGCAAUUUCAAGCCUCGGUUCACCGGUCAACACAGCUGAAGUUUGUGAAUGGAAGCAGCAAUGUGGCUGAGCCGUUUCGUGACUCAAACCCAAUAAAUGAGAUGCACUCUGCUUGUUAGGUCUGGUCAAAUAUGCAGCCUUUUCAUGCCACUCUUUUUACGCCAAGAAAGGUACAAAACGAACCGUUUUUUUCUGCUCUGUGCAUUGAUGGAGGGCCAAAACAGGGAGGUGACAUAAACUAUGCCAGCAGCUCUACCGCUUCAAAAUACACUGAGCAAUCCCCACAGCUGUGAAUGUAUCAGCCCUGUAAGAGUUUCCAACCAAUCGGAGCACAACCCGCGUAACUCAGCCCAAAGGUCAUGGCAGCAACUUUGUGAGCAUGCAAAUAUCUACCACACGGGUCUGUUUCUAUCUCUGUCUUUUUUCUCUUGUUAUGCAAAGUCUGGGCCAAUCAUGUCUGCCCACUCAGUCCCUCUGGAUCACACAGGUUGAAUGACCUAUCUAUGCUAGCAUGAUCCACACACUGUGAUGAGGAACGCGUUAGGGUCAAAGGAUUAUCACGUUCUCCCCUCAUGGUUGCCCUCCAUCAUCUCAGAGGCCUGCCGCGCUGCGUGACGGCCUCUGCCGAAGCGUCUGCAGCGGUCGGGUGUUGAAGCUGAUGCGAGGAGUGGUUUGGGUCACUAAAGGGUUUCAGGCUUUGCUCGGUUCGAACAGUUUCCUCUCCGGUUCAGUGCUGCAGUGAGGCCUUUGUGGCGACAAGGGUAGCAGAAGCUUUAUCAUGUUUUAUUUGGUGCCUAAGUUUGACAAGACUUCUUUUACUUUUCACCUCGAAUGACAAGACUGCAUGUGAAUGUGUGUCUGCAUUGAUGUCUGCAUUACUUGCUUUAUAGAUGUCAUCCAAAAGCUGAGAAGUAUCUUAAAAAGCAUAAUUAACAUAUUAAAAAGGUCACUUAAUCGAAAUGAAAAUACCUCCUUUCAAAGACCAAUGUGUUUUACCUCACUGUAUAUAUAUUCUUGAUUUGUUUACUCCAAGUUUGCAAUUAUCUUUCUCUUUUGUUUCUAUGAAAUGCUUAAAAAAAGUU